UCCCCCCGCCCGCUGCCUUGGUACGGCCCGGCCCGGCCCCGCCGCCUUGGUACGGCCCGGUCGGCGGCGGGAGCUGCGGCCCCGCCCCGUGCGGGGUGCGUGCGCUCCGCUCAACUUCCGGCAGCGGCAGCAUGGCGGAACGUAAAGGGACAGCAAAGGUCGAUUUCCUGAAGAAAAUUGAAAAAGAGAUCCAGCAAAAGUGGGAUGAUGAGCGAGUCUUUGAGAUUGAUGCUUCGGAUAGGCAGGACCAGAAGAGCAAAGGGAAGUUCUUUGUUACUUUUCCUUAUCCGUACAUGAACGGCCGCCUUCACCUGGGACACACAUUUUCUUUAUCUAAAUGUGAGUUUGCAGUUGGGUAUCAGCGGCUCAAGGGAAAGAACUGCUUGUUUCCGUUUGGGCUACACUGCACUGGGAUGCCUAUAAAGGCUUGUGCAGAUAAACUGAAACGGGAGAUGGAAUUGUACGGCUGCCCGCCGGAAUUUCCUGACGAGGAGGAGGAGGAGGAGGAGAGCUCUGCUAAAAAAGAAGAAGAAAGUAUCAUCAAAGACAAAGCAAAAGGCAAGAAGAGCAAGGCCGCGGCCAAGGCGGGCUCUGCCAGGUACCAGUGGGCGAUCAUGAGGUCUCUGGGGCUGUCUGAUGAAGAAGUGGUCCGGUUUUCCGAGGCUGAGCACUGGCUGCAUUAUUUCCCUCCCCUCGCCAUCCAGGAUCUGAAGAGCAUGGGGCUGAAGGUGGAUUGGCGGCGUUCUUUCAUCACAACAGAUGUUAACCCUUACUAUGAUUCCUUUGUGCGAUGGCAGUUUCUUACGUUAAAGGAAAGGAAUAAGAUUAAGUUUGGGAAACGAUACACAAUUUACUCUCCAAAAGAUGGGCAGCCUUGCAUGGAUCAUGACAGGCAAACAGGAGAGGGUGUCGGGCCUCAGGAGUAUACGCUAAUAAAAAUGAAGGUGUUGGAUCCUUAUCCCGCAAAGCUAAGUGGCCUGAGAGGUAAAAACAUCUUCCUGGUGGCUGCGACGCUCCGGCCAGAGACCAUGUUUGGCCAGACCAACUGCUGGGUGCGCCCGGAUAUGAAGUACAUCGGCUUCGAAACCAGGAGCGGGGAAAUCUUCAUCUGUACGCAGAGGGCGGCCCGGAACAUGUCCUACCAGGGCUUCACCAAGGUUAACGGCGUCGUGCCCGUUGUCAAGGAGCUGAUGGGAGAGGAGAUCCUGGGCGCUGCGCUUGCUGCACCCCUCACCACCUACAGAGUUAUAUACGCGCUUCCCAUGCUCACGAUCAAGGAGGAUAAAGGAACUGGAGUGGUGACGAGUGUUCCCUCUGAUGCUCCAGAUGACAUUGCAGCCCUGAGGGAUUUGAAAAAGAAGCAGGCUUUGAGGGUGAAGUAUGGCAUCAAAGACGAAAUGGUCCUGCCGUUUGAACCGGUGCCCAUCAUUGAAAUCCCGGGCUAUGGCAGCCUUUGUGCUCCGUCGGUCUGCGAUGAGCUCAAAAUCCAAAGCCAGAAUGACAGAGAGAAACUUGCCGAGGCCAAGGAGAGGGUGUACCUGAAAGGCUUUUAUGAGGGAGUAAUGUUGGUGGAUGGAUUCAAGGGACAAAAAGUUCAAGAUGUCAAGAAGGUUAUUCAGAAGAUGAUGGUGGAUAAUGGUGAAGCCAUGAUUUAUAUGGAACCUGAGAAACAAGUGAUAUCGAGGUCUGCUGAUGAAUGUGUCGUGGCCCUUUGUGACCAGUGGUACUUAGAUUAUGGUGAAGAGAACUGGAAGAAACAGGCAUCAGAGUGCUUGAAACAUCUAGAGACGUUUUGUGAGGAGACAAGGAGGAAUUUUGAAGCUACCUUGGGUUGGCUGCAAGAGCACGCGUGCUCCAGGACGUACGGCCUAGGGACGCGGCUGCCGUGGGACGAGCAGUGGCUGAUCGAGUCCCUCUCCGACUCCACCAUCUACAUGGCCUAUUACACCGUGGCUCAUCUGCUGCAGGGGGGCGACCUGCGGGGCCAGGGGGACUCUCCGCUGGGCAUCAGGGCACAUCAAAUGAGCAAGCAGGUUUGGGACUACAUCUUCUUCAAGGCAGCUCCGUUUCCUAAAACAGACAUUCCCAAAGAGAAGUUGGACAAGCUGAAGGAGGAGUUUGAGUUUUGGUAUCCUGUGGAUCUCAGAGUUUCUGGCAAGGAUCUGGUGCCCAAUCACCUGUCGUACUACCUGUACAACCACGUGGCCAUGUGGGCAGAGCAGAGAGACAAAUGGCCCGUGGCUGUGAGAGCAAAUGGACAUCUGCUCCUCAAUUCGGAGAAGAUGUCUAAAUCUACAGGCAACUUCCUUACUCUGUCUCAAGCUGUGGACAAGUUUUCUGCAGAUGGCAUGCGGUUGGCCUUGGCUGAUGCUGGAGACACGGUUGAAGAUGCCAACUUUGUGGAAGCCAUGGCAGAUGCUGGCAUUCUUCGUCUCUACACAUGGGUGGAGUGGGUGAAGGAGAUGAUUGCAAACAGAGACAGUCUGAGAAGUGGUCCUGCCAACACCUUCAACGACAGAGUCUUUGCCAGUGAAAUGAGCGCAGGCAUCAUGAAGACAGACCAAAACUAUGAGAAGAUGAUGUUUAAGGAAGCUCUGAAAACUGGCUUCUUUGAAUUCCAGGCAGCAAAAGACAAAUACCGUGAGCUGGCGAUCGAAGGGAUGCACAGAGAGCUGGUGUUCCAGUUCAUUGAGGUUCAGACCCUGCUCCUGGCUCCCAUCUGUCCCCACUUGUGUGAGCACGUCUGGUCACUGCUGGGAAAGCCCGAUUCCAUCAUGAGAGCCUCGUGGCCGGCAGCAGGUCCCGUGGACGAGGUUCUCAUUCGCUCCUCUCAGUACCUGAUGGAAGCGGCUCACGACCUGCGGCUCCGGCUCAAGAGCUACCUGACGCCUGUGAAAGGGAAGAGAGGCGCCCGAGAGCCGUGCGAGAAGCCGUCGCACUGCACGGUGUUCGUGGCGCGCAGCUACCCGCCCUGGCAGCACACCGCCCUGUCGGCCCUGCGCCGCCACUACCAGGUCAGCGGAGGCCACCUGCCCGAUAAUAAAGUCAUUGCCGGGGAGCUCAGCGCCCUGCCGGAGCUGAAGAAGUACAUGAAGAAGGUUAUGCCGUUUGUUGCCAUGAUCAAGGAAAAUCUGGAGAAGAACGGUUCGCGCGUUCUUGAUCUGGAGCUGGAAUUUGAUGAGCGUGCGGUGCUCAUGGAGAAUAUCGUCUACUUGACGAACUCCCUGGAGCUGGAUCACAUUGAAGUGAAGUUUGCGUCUGAAGCAGAAGACAAAAUCAAAGAAGACUGCUGUCCUGGAAAACCAUUUUCCGUAUUCAGAACGGAGCCCAGCGUGUCCGUGUUCCUGGUGAACCCUCAGCCGUCGAAUGGCCACUUCUCUACCAAAAUCGAGAUCAGGCAAGGAGACAACAGAGAGACGGUGAUCAGGCGCCUCAUGAAGAUGGACAGAGGAAUCAAAGAUCUCUCGAAAGUGAAGCUGAUGAGGUUUGAUGAUCCUGUGCUUGGGCCCCGCCGGGUUCCAGUCCUCGGCAAGGAGGAAGCGGAGAAGAGCCCGAUUCUGGAGCAGGCCAUCUUCCACAUCGACCUGCAUGAGAAACGCGUUCGCGUCACUGAGAACGGCCUGACAAAGGACAUCGGCGACACGCUCGUUUAUCUCGUUCAUUAAGCUGGCACGUACCCGACUCGAUCCCAGUACUGAGAAACCUCCCGGAGUGACUUUGAAAUCAUCUGUAGUGAACAAAGAUAAGAACUAGUUCUAUAAAAAGGUCCACCUAAAGCAACCUAAUUUUGCAUGCAAGUUCACCCCAUCUCUUUUAAGAAGUGGAUAUAAUAAACUUAUUUUCCUCUGGC